UUGAGGACUUCCGGUUGUGUCCGCGGGAAAGAGCUGAUAUGCGAAUAAAAUUAAUUGCCAAAUAAUUUUCGGAAGAGACAUUCACAACCAAGUGACAACAUCUUCAUUAGGAACCAUGUUAGCCAUCUUCGUCACGACAACACGAAUGGGUGUGGAUAUGUCAGGAAGAAUAAUCACUCAAGAGGCCAAGAUGAGAGACUGACCAUAGAUCAACAUGCCUAAGACGUUACAAGAACGGUUAAAGUCUCUGAAAGAUGAGGUGACAAGUCUUCUUGCAGCUGUAAUUGUGGAUGACUCCAACUGUACUGAUGACAAAGCUAACCGACUGGCUGAUAAGGCUCUAGAACAAGUGAAAUGCAUCAGAAGUGUGGUGCUCGGACCAAAUACAUCCAAUCAAUUAAACAAUAAGUUUAUAAUUGCUCAGACAGAAGGUGAUGGGGAAUCUCACAAAAAGUGCAUUGUUUCUCCAAAAAUUGAUUGUGAUCAAAUCAAAACUGAGAAUAUUGAGGGUGGAUUUGAUUCUGAUAUAACAGAGGAUUUGAAUAAUGACAAUGGAGGUGAUAUUGAUGAUCUGGAUGACAUUAACUUUGAGGAUGAUAACUUCUCCAACAUUCCUGACACUCCGAAAGUCAGUCAAACAAGGCCACAAGCAAAGGUUCAUAGAGAGCCGUCAUUUGACGAAGAGGACAUGCGGAGCCUCAUCAAAAACUACAACAACAAUGAGAGAGAUGAUGUUGUUAAAGAGGAAGAGGAGUUUAGCAAUGAGUUUGAUGAUGACUUCAACGAGGAUGACAUGCAGAUACUGGAGGAAGCCGAGAGAAGCACCAUAGAGGAGGAACAACCUGGUGACAUUGAAGAAGAUGAUGAUGCUGACAAUCAGCCUGAGGACAAAAAGUUCCUGGAUGUCUUGAAGCAGUAUUUUGGCUACUCAAAGUUCAGGCCAAUGCAGUGGAAAAUUAUUAACUCUGUUGUCAACGAGAAGAAAGACAACUGUGUCAUCAUGGCUACGGGUCAUGGAAAGAGUCUUUGUUACCAGUACCCCUCAGUGUUUACUGGUAAAACAACUGUAGUUAUCUCCCCUCUGAUUUCACUAAUGGAGGACCAAGUGUUGGGACUCAAGGCUGCCAACAUCGAGGCCUGUUUACUGGGAUCUGCUCAAGAAAACUCAAGUCAGGUUAUGAGUGAACUAAUGAGAGGACAGUACCGUGUUCUGUACAUCACACCGGAGUAUGCAAGUACUGGAAGUAAUGUGCUCACCGACCUCAACACGAAAAUAGGUAUUGACCUGAUCGCCAUUGACGAGGCACACUGCGUGUCACAGUGGGGCCAUGACUUCCGGUCGGCCUACAGAAGCCUCGGCUCUCUCAAGGACAAGUUCCCUGAUGUUCCGGUGAUGGCGUUGACAGCGACGGCCACAGUGGAUGUGAGGCGAGACAUUUGUCGAUCUCUAAAGCUGAAGAACCCAGUAGUGACAUGCACAGGUUUCGACAGACCCAACUUGUUCCUGUCGGUGGCGGCGAAGGUGGAAGUGUGGUAUGACCUGAAACAACACAUGGUGAAGAAAGACAAUAAGUUUGAGUUUGAUGGGCCAACAAUUGUCUACUGUCCAACCAAGAAGUCCACAAUGGAAGUGACCAGUGUCCUCAAGAAUGAAGGGGUGUUGUGUCUUCCCUACCAUGCAGGACUGAGUCUUACGGCAAGGAAGGCUCAUCAUAAGUUUGUGAAUGACAGAAUUCAGGUUGUCGUGGCAACGGUGGCAUUUGGAAUGGGUAUUGACAAGCCUGAUGUGAGGAAAGUCAUACAUUAUGGAGCUCCGAAGGACAUCGAGUCGUACUACCAGGAAGUUGGGCGUGCCGGGAGAGAUGGGUUGCCUAGCGCCUGUCACGUCUUCUACUCUGGUGCAGACUUCAACGUCAGCAAACACUUCAUCAAUGAAAUCAACAACGAGAAAUUCCGUCAGCACAAGCUGAAGAUGCUUGGGAAGAUGGUGCAGUACCUGAACACAGCCCAGUGCAGGAGGAGAGUGUUACUUGCUCACUUCGAGGGGCGAGAGAUGAAGGAACUCGGUGGCACCGAAAACUGCUGCGAUAACUGUCGGAAAAAAAUUGAAGUAGAGAAGAGGCAGGGCUUCUACAGCUCCAAGAACUGGGGAAUGGAUGCUGGGACUGUGGCGCCGGACAAACCAGUCGACUACUCACGGGAGGCCAAGGAUCUCUUCGCUGCCAUUGAGGCUAUGGGUGGCUGGUUUGGCAUCACUGCCCCGAUACAACUCCUCGUGGGGUCCAACAACCAGAAGAUCCAACGCUUCACCAAGGACAAGGUCUGGGGAACUGGCAAGUACAGAAGUUUAAAAUGGUGGAAAGCAUUUGGGAAGUGCCUGCUCUUCGAGGGCUACCUGACAGAGAAGGCAGUGGAACAUGGAUUCGGGUCCACGGUCAGUGUAUCCCGCCAGGGUCGAGAGUGGCUACAGAAGUACCGAACGUCACCGAGCAACACACUCAAUGUCAUGCCCUUGCAGGACAUGCUGAAUGAGGAGAGAGUCAAGUCUAUCUCCAUCACUGUCAGAUCUGAUGCCCGUCCUCCCAGCAUUCCUUAUCGUCCUCCCGCGUCAACCAGUACUGCUGUCCGCAUGCCAGAGCCAACUCCGAAACCAGCACCGGUGUGCGAACGUACAGCUCGUCUACAGAAUGAGUUGUACAUCCUGCUGAUGAAGAGACGUAAUGAAGUGGCACAGGAUACUGGCUUUACCCCUCACAGUAUAGCCAGCAACAAGGUGCUCAUCGACCUUGCCAAGAUCAGACCAGGAAGCAAGCCGAGCAUGUUGAAGAUUGAGGACUUCCCGGAAGCGAAGGUCCAGAGGUUUGGAGACACGUUCAUCAAGAUCAUCACCACCUUCUGUGAGGACAACAACCUCAAGCUGGAUGACUUCCCAUCUGUCACGAUAGACAAGGGAGACGGUGAAUUCCAUGCUGAGCUGAUGCAGUUGACAGACACACAGCGGACAUCAUACAUCAUGUUUGAGAAGCAAUCGAAAACUCUUGAGGACAUAGCUUCGCUCCGUGGGUUCAAGACGUCAACCAUUGUCACCCAUCUGUGUGAAGCCCUCAAGGUCGGGCUGUCGGUGGAUGUAAAGAGACUGGGACUGGCUCCUCAGCUCCUGAACAAGAUCACCGACGCCAUCAGGAGACCGCCAGUAAACUCCUGUAUCGGAAGUCUGACUAAGAUCAAGGACCAGCUUCCUGUGGCUGUAGAGUAUAAUCACAUCAAGGUCGUCAUCGCGAUCCUCGUCCAGCAGUGCGGACAGGAAGUCAACGCACAUGGUGACCUGGUUCUUCUUGCUGGUAAAGACAGCAUCACAUCACCGCCGCCAUCAUCACAGGCCACGACACCGGGCAGCAGACCAAAGCUGGUGAAGUCUCAGUCAGUGCCGUCUCCACAGACCCAGGGCAGCUCCCAGAAGAACUUCAAGAGGAAGGUUCCAGGCUGGAUGUCUACGAAUCGCCCGCCAGUCCUCAGCAAGAAAGUCCGUGCCAACAGUCUGUUCCGGUGACACUGGACGUGUGUGGAACUAUGGUCGUUUCUGAAGGAAAACAUUCUCAGCAAUACACUUGGUGCUUAUCAUCUCCAGUUGGACAGGAUUUCAAUUUUUUAUCUCAAGUGUUCGAGUUUCAUUUCAAAAGUACUGUACUUUGAGGAUUUCACGUUGAGUGAAGUUUUACAUUUCCUGUGUGUUAAUGAGAAGACAAUGGUGAAGAAAAAACAAUAGAAGGACACCGUCAUAUGGAGCAAUAUGAUUGGUUACUCCGACCACAAACAACUGUCUGAUUGGUUGUUCUAUAUUUUCAGUAAUAUCACAUUGUUACAUAACAUGAACAUAUGACAACAAAAAUAUAGUUUAUUUAUAUCCAUUAAGGAUAGCCUGUGUAUGUUUUAGGGUUUUUGUUUGGUGUGUGUUUGUGGUGGGGGGGGAGGGCAGGGGGAAAAGGGUCAUUGAGGUAUGAAAAUUAGAUAAGAUAUCCCACUGUAUGAAUCAGAAGCAGGAAUUAUUAUAAAAACAGCAACAAAAUGAUUAUUUGAAGUUGUCUAAUUGUGCUUUGACAAAGGAUAUGUUCUGAUCUUCUAAGGAUCACAUGUUUGUUGUAUGAGCAGACUGCCACAGAGUUCUGGUAGAUGUGACAUCUGACAUUUUAAGAGAGAAAAUAUUAAAAAUAUAUAAAAUGACAAACCUACGGAUAAAUUCUAAUACUUUUGGGGGUUGUACCGCGCCAGUUUGACCUGUCAGAAGGUUACACGAAACCUACCAAGGUCAGAGAUGCCAAACUCUAUGAUUUUAGCCUCAAACUAAAUUAAAUAAAUUAAAUACAUUUUCGCCUAAAAGAGAGGACAAGAAGAAAUGUAAUGCUGAUAAUUUGGAAAUCUGCUGUUAGAGGUAUGUGAGAUUAAAGCUUCACUUUAAUAAGUGUCAUAUUAUCUUUCUCAGAAUCCAUCAUGAUUUUAAUUAUUUAGUCGACUACUAAUUUCAUGGUCAAACUACUAAUGUUGAUCCUUGAAACUACUAUUAGGAACACUUUGUGGUUGGCAUCUCUGCAAGUUGUAAGACUUCCAUUUUUGUGAAAGCUGAGUUGCUGACUGUGUAUUGUGAUAUUAGGUCCCUCACUGCGAGUGUUGGUUGGAAUCCUGGAUGGGACUCAAAAUGCACAAAAAUUUGUACUUUGCUGAGAAGUGUUAUUUUGAAUACAACAUGUUCUACAGAUAGACUACGCUAAUGUAGACUCAUUGAGUAGACUCAAAGUAAUCACUCUGUCAGGUCAUGAACAAUGGAUGAUAUUAUAUUGUAUUUAUUUCAACAGUGAAGUGACCUCAUAAAGAGCUGAAAUGCCACAUGUACAAAUAUCGAAAAGUUGCCACACGAUUAUUCAACCCUAUGGGCAACAUGGCAGCUUUGUUGCAUGAGGUCUAGGCAUUGUGUGAAUGAGUGGUUGCGUUUAGUUGUACGAAGAGUGAAUGAGUCAUCAAAAUAUUGAUGUUAUUCCCCAGAUCAAUCACAUGUUAUUUGUUCAACAAUCACCUGUUUCCUGUAAAAUUAUUUUGAAGACAAUAACUGGCUCUCAGGUUCUAUGAACCAUGGGGUUAUCCAAAACCUGGUAAUAAAUGUAUAUUUGAAAGA